AUGGAUAGAAACCCGGUGCACAUGCUAUCCAGUGGAGGCAGCCGUGAGAUCGGCACUGUCACAAGCGCCCGCCCAAGCACUUCGCGUUUGUUCGAGGAGAUGAUGAGGCAAAUGAUCGCGGUUGAUUCGGUUCAGGCGUUCAACGAUAUAGCGGAAGCGACUUCUGCGAGGGAGCGCACGGCACCGUCACCGGCAAGGUCAGAGCCUACGCGUUCGCAUCGGCCUGCUACCGUGGGCCAUUAUUUAGAGGAAAACACAGAUACUGUCGACAGUGAGCAAGGUGUGAAACGGCGCCAUCGUUCAUGCAAAGUGUGUGUUAUUUACAAGGUCAAACCACGCAAGUUUACGAUGUACUUCUGCCAGUGUGCGUUUCUCGUGGGGGACAACUGCAGUGUUAAUAAGCGGCUCAACCGAGCCGUGCAACAUGAAUUGCAAGAACACGAGGCUGAUCUUGCAGAAGUCCAAGCGCUGACGAUCAAGCUCCGAACUCUGACUCAAUCGGCUAAACUUCGCCUGAAAACGGACCUCUGA